AUGUCUUAUAAUGGAAUAGGUUUGCGAACUACAAGAGGCUCUGGGACUUCUGGAUAUGUGCAAAAGAGUUUAGCUUUGAACCAGGAUAGGAAGGAUUCUGGUCAUUCUAAAUAUAGGCAGUUGCUGAAACGAAAAAGAGAAAAUGAAAAGCAGAAGUUGGAAAAUGAUACGAAGAAAACAAGAGCUAGAUCUGAAUUAUUGGGACAUGAGAAUAAGAGAAUGAUAGAGGUACGUUGUAUGGAGCUUCGAGAAGAAUUAGAGGAUAAUAACGAAGAUGAACAAGUCAUACUGAAAAAGGUAAAUAACCUUAAAGACAAAUUGAUUAACGAAAGCUACGAGCAGUCGAGUUCUCAUUUGGAAAUGUAUACCCAAAAUGGAAGUGCAGAUGCUUCUCUAAAAGGAACGAGGGAAGGGCAUGUUGCCUAUAAACCGAGAUAUUCUGACUCUACAGUAAAGACCUUGAGGAAUGCAAGAUAA